AUGCGUGGUGAAUGGAAUGGGUUACAAGCUUUAUUUGUUAGGGAUUGUCCCUAUGUAUAUUAUGUGCAUUGCAUGGCUCAUAAACUACAAUUAGCUUUAGUUGCAGCAUCUAGAGAAGCCAAGCGCAUUCAUCAAUUCUUUAUCCAGUUGGCUUCAAUUAUUAAUAUUGUUGGGGGUUCUUCUAAACGUCAUGAUGACUUGCAAUCUAUUCAUGCUGUUGAAAUUGAAAAUUUGGUUGCUUCUAAUGCAAUUGAGACCGGAAGGGGGAUAAACCAAAUUGGCACUUUGCAACGACCUGGAGAUACUCGAUGGUCAUUUCAUUAUCAAUCUGUUUGUAGCAUGAUAAGAAUGUUUGGUGCAACUUGUUCAGUUAUCAACAAGAUCUCAAAUGAGGGAGCUAAUUAUUCUCAACGUGGUGAUGCUGAAGUGGCUUACAUGAUAUUAACAUCAUUUGAAUUGAUUUUGAUAUUGCAUUUGAUGAAAGAAAUUAUGGGACUCACGAAUAUGCUUUGCCAAACUUUGCAACAAAAGUCCCUAGACAUUUUAAAUGCCAUGAGUCAAGUUUCAACUACACAAUCACUCAUUCAAAACAUGAGAGAUGAUGGGUGGGAGCCUUUGCUUGCUACUGUUAAAUCAUUUUGUGAAGAAAAUGAUAUUGAUAUUCCUAAUAUGAAUGCUCAUUACACUAGAGCUCGAGGUAGAUUUUGUCGUCAAGAUGAAGGGUCUCCAACAACAAUGGAACAUCAUUUUAGAGUUGAUAUAUUUACUGCUGCAAUAGAUUUCCAGUUACAAGAAUUGAAAAAUAGAUUUAAUGAGCAAGCUGUGGAACUUCUCAUUCUUAGCGUCUCUUUAAGCCCUAAAGAUGCAUACAAAUCAUUUAAGAUUGAUGAUAUAUGUAAGUUAGCUGAGAAGUUUUAUCCUCGAGAUUUCACCGAGCAAGAAAAAAUUUGUUUGAAAUUUCAGUUGCAGCAUUAUAAGCUUGAUGUGCCAAAGCAUCAAGAUUUUCAAAAUAUGUCUACAUUAUCUGAGUUAUGCAGAGGAUUGGCAGUUUCAGAAAAAUCAAAGAUCUAUCCUUUGAUUGACAGAUUGAUUCGCCUAGUGUUGACUCUCCCUGUUUCUACUGCGACUAUAGAACGAGCUUUUUCUGCCAUGAAACUUGUAAAGACUAGAUUGCAUACUAGAAUGGAAGAUGAGUUUCUUGCAGACCAUUUGGUAGUUUAUAUUGAGAAAGAAAUUGCUAAGAAUUUCACUUCAGAGAUGAUAAUGGAUGAAUUUUAUUACAUUAGCGAUCGUCGUCGAGCAUAG